AUGGACUCACCAAGGCCCGCGGUCGAUCUGGAAAAGGAGCUGACCUGCUCGAUAUGUACCGAGGUCCUCUACCAGCCCUUGACGUUGCUCGACUGUCUGCACACGUUCUGCGGCGCCUGUCUCAAGGACUGGUUCGGCUGGCAGGCCACCGCGGCCGAGAACUCGCCCAACCCGCCAGCGUCUGGCACCAACAUCGCGACCUGCCCGUCAUGUCGCGCAACCGUGAGGGACACCCGGCACAAUGCCACCGUCGCCACGCUGCUCGAGAUGUUCGUCUCGGCGAACCCCGAUAAGGCGCGGUCCGAGGCGGACAAGGAGGAAAUGCAACAGAAAUACAAGCCCGGCGACGACGUGCUGCCGCGCAUACGCAGCCGUGAGAAGUCGCCCGAGGAGCGGCGGUUGGAGCAGCUAGAGAGGCAGAUGCUGGAGCAGGCGCGCGAGAUGAGCCUACGGGACGCCGGGGUCGACAGUUCAAGUUCCAGCCGCCACCACCGACGCAGGAGGGAGCACCGUUCGCGCCACGGAGACACCAGCGACCGGUCCGAGAGGGAGAGCAGUCGAGACUCAAGGCAUCGCGAGGCGCGGCAUCGAACGCGAAGGUCGACUAGGGACGAUGAACGUGGUUCCAGGACGGAGUCUGACGGGAGGCUACAGCCCAGAGAGGAAAGGAGACGUAGGGGCAGUGAAUCACAGCAAAGAUCUCGCGACGAGUCCAGGACAAGGCGGCGGGCUAUCGAGCAUCAGGCAUCCAUACGGUCGCUGAUCAGUUCCUCGAGCGUAGGCUCACUGGAUAUGGAAAGGGAAGUCGAAGAAUUCGCCCGCCAAAUACAGGAGGAGGGGCUCCUCGAGGGCCUAGACUUGGACAACAUUGACCUCAGCCGGGACGACGAGCUGAGUAGGAGAAUCACUGAGGCAUAUCGGAGGCGACAGAACCAGCGAUCUAGACAUGAUUCAUCCAGAAGAAGUGAUGCGGCACGCCACAGCCCCCGUUCGGAAGCUUUGCCCACGAGCUCCAGGCCCUCAACCUCUGGCAGAUCCCGCGAGACUAGUCGCCAAAGGGCAAACUCGGAGAACAUUAGGACCUUGGGCUCUACGGGUCAGUUGGACGAUAGGAGUCGUCCACCAAUCGCGUCGACUCAUCUUGAAGUGCGAACCGAGCCAGAGAGACGGCGCAGGAGGACAUCCAGUGGCGGCAGGAGUGCAACCGACCCUAUAAGGCCACGCACCGCAGACGUCAGGCCAGCGGCAAGAUCACACACCGAUCUGACGCUGCGGGAGCGGACAUCUGAUCCGCAACGGCGCCGUCCAUCGUUUGGCGAGUCUAGGAGCACCAGCAUGCCAACAACCAGCGGGCCGGGGGCGUCAGGGGCAACAGGUCUGGGCCUAUCCUUCGGCGAGCGGGCAGCAUCGGUUGCGCAGAAUACCGGCCCCGUGAACGUGGACGCAGCACCCGAGGCGGCCAGUCCCCCGCACUCGAGGCCGCGGCCCGCGAGUCUCAUCGUUUCUCCUCAUAGCCCGUUACCGAGUCUCGGUGUACCACCAUCGCCAGGAGGUGCUCAUCGAAUGAGGUCGCAGUUCUACCAAGAACCUUCCAUUACGUGCUGCAGGUGCGGGAAACAUCACAUUGAAUACGAACUGCACUACAAUUGCGCGAGGUGCAAGGGGGGCGACUGGAACAUUUGCCUUGACUGUUACCGCACGGGUAAAGGUUGUCUGCAUUGGUUUGGAUUCGGGUAUUCUGCAUUCAAGAAGUGGGAGAGAGCGCGCGCAAACGGCAACGAGCAUCUCGAACGCCCGCACCUGAUGACCUUGAACCGAUACAUUCCGCCCAAGUAUACGCCGGGCGGUGCAGACGGCCGGCGGACCAUGACGACCGACGAUCCGAUGCGAAGAUUGCAGAGUGGCAUGUUCUGCUCCCGCUGUUCCGCAUGGGCAAACGAGUGCUACUGGCGCUGCGAAACAUGCAACGAGGGCGACUGGGGUUUCUGUAAUCGAUGCGUCAACACAGGAAAGAGUUGCACGCACCCAUUGCUCCCCCUGACCUACGUCUCACCCUCGUCCGGUUCCAGCCCGCCGGCGAGCCCGAGGAUGCCGAGUCCACCAGCGUCCGCGCGACUCUACACUGGUCCAGAUGCCAUCAACAUGGGCAAUUUCAAGCCAUUGACGUUUACCACCGCGUGCAGCGUCUGCCGUUCGGCCAUUGCACCUACUCAGGACCGACACCACUGCUUUUCGUGCACCAGCACAGUCGCGAGCGCUAGCACCGUCGUGGCUGACCUGCAUCCAGGCGACUAUGAGGUAUGCAUGGCCUGCUAUGCCAGCCUCGAGGCCGAUGACCGCAUCACAGCUGAGAACGGAUCUGCAGGCUGGCGACGAUGCCUCAACGGACACAGGAUGGCGAUCAUCUGCUUCCAGUUCAGUGGCGGUGGGGAAAGGCGGCAAAUCGUAAAGGAUCUCGUCGGAGGCCAGCACUUGCAUAUGGAGGCCUACGACUCGACGGGUUCUGUCGACAGGCCUCCCGGGCUGCAGAAAUGGUCGUGGGACGGCCCCAGCGGAUCAAAGCUCGAGAGGCUGGUGGCGCGCAGCGUGGCGGCCAAUGCUCCCACGGGCGAAGAGUGGACUGAUCUAUUUCCGCCAGACGGCGGCGUGGGCAUGAAGGGGACGGCUUCGUGGUCGUGGUACCCUCAGGAGGGCGCCGACGAUGAGCUCAUGUUCCCUAAAGGGGCCGAGGUCAAGGAGAUUGAGGAUGUCAACGGGGAGUGGUUCUUCGGGACGUACAUGGGAGCUAUGGGGCUAUUUCCGGCUCCGUAUGUCAGGGUAGUUGAGUCGUGA